GGUGCCAAAUCCUUCGUAUAUAUAAUACCACAAACAAAAAAUUACUCACUUCUGCCAAAUCGAAUACUAGUCUCCGAUCAAAACGUAGAUGAAACAACCGUAACCUCACCACUCUGCAUGACACUACAACAAAAGCUAAUUCCCCAACAAACAUGUCAAAAUUUGAUCCUUACACCCACCUCAACAUUGUCCACAACCCGGUCGACGACACCUUGACCCGCCUCAUCAGCCUCCCCACCACCGACGCCAACCCGAACCCGUCUCCCGGCGACCCGGUCGCCUCCAAAGACCUAACCCUCAACUCGGAAACCAAGACGUGGGUGCGAAUCUUCCGACCCUCUAAACUCCCCUCCAACGACAACACCGUUGCCCGCCUCCCCAUCAUCAUCUACUUCCACCACGGCGGCUGGCUCCUCCUCAGCGCCGCCGACUCCUCCGUCCACUCCAACUGCUCCUUCAUCACCAGCCAAGUUCCCGCCAUUCUCGUCUCCGUAAAUUACCGUCUCGCCCCCGAGGCCCGGCUCCCGGCCCAAUACGACGAUGCCAUGGAAGCCAUCCACUGGGUCAAGAAGCAGGGCCUCGACCCCGGGGGCGAGCAGUGGAUCCGAGACUACGGUGACCUUUCUAGGUGCUACUUGUACGGCUGCGGCUGCGGGGGCAAUAUCGUCUUUUUCUCGGCUCUCAAAGCCUAUGAAAUGAAGCUGGAUUUGGAGCCCAUGCAGAUAUCUGGGAUCAUUAUGAACCAACCCAUGUUCGGCGGGAUCCAGAGGACCAAGUCGGAGCUGAAAUUCGCUACGGACCAGCUCUUGCCUUUGCCUGUGCUCGACCUCAUGUGGGACCUAGCACUGCCGAAAUCAACGGACCGGAACCAUAGGUAUUGUAGUCCGGCGCUCGACGCUGGCCGGUAUAAAGAGAUGAUCCAACGGCUGGGGCGGUGUUUAGUGAUCGGAUUCGGAGGAGAUCCGAUGGUGGACAGGCAACAGGAGUUUGUGACGAUGUUGGUAUCUCAGGGGAUACGUGUAGACGCGCGGUUUGAUAAUCUAGGGUUCCAUAAUAUUGAUUUUGUAGACCAGAGAAGGGCUGCUGAGGUUUUGGACAUUGUUAAGGAGUUUAUCAUUUGAUUUUGAUUUCAUUGUGAAUAAAAGUGUAAAUUUCGAAACACAUUUCUUGACUUCGAAAAAACAUGAUAUAAUGAGUAGAUUUUAGAUGUUAGUGAGGUUGUGAAACACGUUUGAGUUAAGAUGGAUUGGGGUAGUAGCUAGGGAUGGAAGUGUAUAUUAUUAUUACCUGGGAUACUGAUCGAAGUUUCUGCUAUUAAAGCUGGCUCAAGAGAGUAUGUGAUUUCCUGUGUAGAGUCCGAUUAUUUGGAAGUGACUAA